AUGGUCACGCCUCGACUGCCGCCGCUCUAUGUCCUGCUAGGGCUGAGUGUCCUCACUUUAAUUCUAUACUUCAGAAGCUCCGUCAGCUCGAACAUCCCUUCCUUCUCCAUCAAUCGCCAAACUCCAGCAAAUUCAACCCUGGGAUUCGGUGGCUUGUUUGUUGUCUCUGGCCCCGGAAGCCCACGACGCAACAACUUGAUCCAGUCCGCCAACGUUACCGAACUGCACUUCACCAUCCCAACUCUACCAACAUGGACAGAAGAACAAAUAAUGGCCUUCAGAGGCAAGAACGACAAGUCGACCAUCACAAACGGCUCCGUUCGCGCAUGGCUGAGCCACAACCUUGUUCUCAACGAAUUCCUCAAGUCUGGUCUCGAGACGGCUCUGAUCCUGGAAGAUGAUGUGGAUUGGGACAUCCGCUUGCGUACACAACAAGUUCCACUCGCCGCUACUGCCGCCCGCAAAUUGCUGCCUCCGGCUGGUGAGGAAUACUAUUGGGGACAUCCAGAUGACUGGGAGCUCUUCUACGUCGGACACUGUGGAGACUACUUCACGACCAUGGACGAGCCCGUCGGCGUUGGUGUCGUUCAUCCUAACAAUCUGACCGACCUUCCUCACCUCGUCUACCCCGAUCAGACCCUCCCUCGUCGGACCGAUCUGCACCCUUUCACCUCAUCCCUUCUCACUGCAUUCGAUGUACCCGAGAAGUCGCGCAUCGUUCACAAGUCUGUCUCACCGCUUUGCACCUUCGGCUACGCCGUCACCCGCGCCUCGGCCAGACGACUCGUCGAAGAAUACGCCCCGAUUAGCGGCGACCGUGGCAACAUCGACCACGCCUACGAUGUCGCUAUCCUGACUGCUUGCCGUGACAAGGGUCUCCGCUGUUUCACUGUCAACCCAGAACUCUUGCACCAUAUGGAGGGCGAGAGUCUGAUCAGUACUCUCGACAACAAGAAGUGGCGUCCGCCUGUCGACAAGGCUGGUCUGAAGCAGACCUACUGGCGAGGCGAGACCAGCAACAUUGGCUGUGGCUUCUGGAGCAGGGACUUCAGUUGGGACGGCGACAAAGAUAAGCUCAAUCACCUCCGAGAAGAAGUCGGUCGUAAAGGCCAGUGCUUGAAGAAGGAUCGUUUACCUAAUGGUGACCGAAUUGAUGAGAGCGUGCUGCGGGCCAGCAAAUAA